AUGAAACUGAACCCCCGCAAUCUUCGCUCACUGUUCCACAAGCCUCUACCGCCGCAGCACAACCAUUACUAUACACAGUCUCACGCUUCACACCGCAUUCCCAUUCCCACUCACUUUCCCUCUCCCCCACCCAUCAACGUGGAAUCUGUAGUUUCUUCAAUCAAGUCUUCUCAGUGGCAUUUCAUCAAACAACUUUCCCCAAAUAUGACACCCACCCUCAUUUCCACCACCCUUGUCAAUCUUCGCUCUUCCCCUGACCUAAUUACUGAUUUCAUAGAAAACCUUAGUCCCAGUUCGCUCACCACAGAAUGCUAUUGUCUCGCGGUUGCGAUUCUUGCUCGCCUGCCGUCCCCGAAACAAGCUUUGCAACUUAUUAAGGAAGUGAUAAAUUCUGGUGUUGCAACUCAUAGAGAGCUUUUUGAUGGGUUAGUUUGUGCGCGGAGGAGGUUGAAUGUGUCUAGUACAAUUGUUUUAGAUUUGUUGUUGAGGGCCUUAUGUGAAUUGAAAAGGGGUGAUGAGUCGACCAUGUGUUUCGAUAUGAUGAAAGAGAGAGGUGUGGUGCCAAAGAUUGAGACAUGUAAUGAACUGUUGAGCUUGUUUCUUAGGUUGAAUUGUACAGAGAAGGUGUGGGGUUUGUAUGCCGAGAUGUUUAGGUUGAGGAUAAAUUCUAGUGUUUGCACAUUUAAUAUAAUGAUCAAUUUGUUGUGUAAAGAAGGGAAGUUGAAGAAGGCGAAGGAGUUCAUAGGGUACAUGGAGGGUUUAGGGUUCAAGCCAAAUGUGGUAACAUAUAAAACAAUAAUUCAGGCAUAUUGUACGAGGGGAAAUUUUGAAGGGGCUAAUAAGGUAUAUGAGAUGAUGAAAGUGAAAGGAAUUGUGCCGGACUUGUAUACUUAUGGUUCAUUAAUUAGCUGCAUGUGUAAGGAGGGCAACGUCGAGGAGGCAUCUGCUCUUCUCAGAAGAAUGGAGGAAUCGGAAUUGGUUCCAACAGCUGUGACUUAUAACAGUUUGAUUGAUGGAUAUUGUAAUAAAGGGCAAUCGGAAAUGGCUUUUAGUUGCAGGGAUGAGAUGGUAAGUAAGGGAAUAAAUCCAACUGUGUCAACUUAUAACUUGUUGAUUCAUGCGCUGUUCUUAGAAAGUAGAGUUUCAGAGGCUAAUGAUUUGAUAAAAGAAAUGGAAGCAAAGGGGAUGGUUCCUGAUGAAAUUACAUAUAACAUAAUGAUCAAUGGUUAUUGCAGGGCUGGGAAUGCGAAGAAAGCCUUUAGCUUGCGUGAUGAAAUGUUAAGGAAAGGGAUUGAACCUACCAAAGUGACUUACACGUCACUUAUCUACGUGUUGGGCAAGCGGAAAAGAAUGAAAGAGGCUGAUGAUUUACUGGAUAAGAUAUUAGCAAAAGGUAUAAAGCCUGAUCUUGUAAUGUACAAUGCUUUGAUUGAUGGGCACUGUGCUAACGGGAAUGUUGAGCGCGCUCUUUCACUUUUAAAAGAGAUGGAAUCAAUGAAAGUAAUACCUGAUGAAGUGACCUACAACACUAUAAUGCAAGGUUAUUGUAGAGAUGGAAAGGUUGAGGAAGCUUAUAGCCUUCUUGAUUUGAUGAAAAGAAGGGGAAUUCGACCUGAUCAUAUUAGUUACAACACCCUAAUUAGUGGCUAUAGCCAGAGAGGCAAUGUGAAAGAUGCACUUAGAGUUCGAGAUGAGAUGUUAAGCAGAGGUUUCAAUCCCACCCUUCUCACUUACAAUGCACUUAUACAAGGCUUAUGCAGGAAUGGAGAAGGGUAUCACGCCGAGGAACUCCUCAAAGAAAUGGUUAGCAAAGGCAUUACUCCCAAUGACAGUACUUACAUUUCUUUGAUCGAAGGGAUAGGAAACGUUGAUGAAUUUUUGUCGAUAAAAGUUCCCAAUGAUGUAAAUCUCGGGUAUAGUUAA